AUGGGGGGCGACGGAUCUGACCUGAACGGCGCCUCCAGGGAGGGGAACGGCGCCACGAGCGUCGCCGCCGCCAAGACCGACGAGGCCGGCCUGGAAUUUCUCCCGGUCUGCGAAUCCUCGCCACCACCACCCCCACGACGCAAGAUCCGGCGGCCCGCAAAGGAGCCGAGCAGAUCUGGCCGGGGCGGAGCACUCGAAACAGGGGGGGCAGGGGCGGCCAGAUCUGGCGCCACCGCGAGCCACCAGGGCUCCCGUCCACCGGGGCACCCGCCAUCCACACGGCCAGGAACGCCGGCCCACGCCCGCGCCACCGCCUGCCGCCGGGCCGGUGACGCCUCUCCGACCAGGGCCGCCGCCGUAGGGAACACGGCCCCCCGCAGCAGAGGCAGGGGCACCAGGGCCCCGCCGCCACCUUCCUCGGCGACACCCCGGGCUUGCCCGGCGGCGGCCUCAGGCGGCGGCGAGGAGGAGGGGAGAAGAAAGGGGAGGCGGCGGAGCUAG